GUAAAGCGUUCAUUUAAAUAGUCUGUGUUUUUGCCGCUUUAAGUCGAUGACAACAACGUGGCUUUAUCAGACCCUCAAAAAACACUUUCUUUGGGGAAAUUACGCGUCUAAAAUGUCUUGCUGGGUUGCCAUUCAUCGCUAAGGAAACUACAAGCUCCGUGUAUUAGUAAAGGCUGUCAGCAUACUCAGCUAUACAAGACACGUCAGACCAUGAACUACGUGGGCCAGCUGGCAGGCCAGGUGUUUGUCCAGGUCAAAGAGCUGUACCGAGGCCUCAAUCCCGCCACUCUUUCUGGCUGCAUCGAUGUCAUCGUAGUGAGACAGCCUGAUGGAUCCCUGCACUGCUCACCUUUCCAUGUCCGCUUUGGAAAGAUGGGCGUCCUCCGCUCCCGGGAGAAAGUGGUGGACAUGGAGAUCAACGGAGAACCUGUAGAUCUACACAUGAAGCUUGGGGAGAAUGGAGAAGCCUUCUUUGUGCAAGAAACAGAAAAUGAUCAGGAAGUGGUGCCUUCCUACCUGGCCACCUCUCCCAUCUUAUCGGACGGGGCCAUCCUGAUGAGCUCUUCCCUGAUUGGAAAGAACUGCGGACCACCCUUACAAUCCCUGGGCUCCAUAGGGGGCGCUGGAGAGACUGGCAGCGGGAUUAUGAAGAAGAGGAGAAAGAGGAGGAGGAAGGCUCGGGCAGACAGCAUGAGGAGGGAGGAGAGCGGAUACUCGGAGGAUGAUGACAUGUUCACCAUAGAUAUAAGCUCUGAUGAGGGCACGGAGCUGGAAAGGACUUCAUCUCGGGAUCUCUUAAGAGAUGAGACAGCAGUCGGUUCGACCAGCGGCUCAUUCAAGCAGUGUGGCAUCUACACUCGCUCAGACGGAGAGUGGAGUCCUCUUCAGAGCCCUCGAAACUCUCGCCCCAACUCGCCCAAGAGUGACUCUGAACUAAUGACUCAACAAUCAGACGCAGAUAAUCAGGAUCCAGCCAUGCACUGGGCGUGGGGGGAGCUGCCUCAGGCUGCCACGCUGUCCUUCCUCCCAGUUAAAUCCGACCCUCCAGUGUACCCAGUUUCCAUCCCUGUGUCUGAGAGCACACACUUCAGAGUCAUUACUCAUGAGACGUCUUCACAGCAGCGCAGACCCUGCUCAGAAGUAUCUUCACUGAGGUUUUUAAUGCAGCAGGAGACUUCAGAGCAAACCGUCGUAACAGUCGGGAUGGAGUCUGAGUCCAUGACGAUGGAGUCACAGACUGUUGUGACCACUGAGACGCAGGUAACAGCAGCUGAAGGUGCAGCAGCUCAUAUGAUGUCCGGCAUGGAGGAGGCAAUACCUCGUCUGCCAGGCAAGACGGACUCUCCAUCCAAGAAAAAAGACAAGCGAAGCCGGCAUCUUGGUUCUGAUGGAAUUUACCUGGAUGACAUCACAGACCUGGAGCCUGAAGUUGCAGCCCUUUAUUUCCCUAAGAGUGAUGGCGGUGCAACAGAGAGGAGCAUCUCAGACCCGGGCUUCCACAGCACCAGUCUGUCCCCACAGUCGGUUAGCUCAGGAGGAGACAGCGGAGUGGACAGCUACUGCGACAGUAUGGCCGACCUGCCAGCCAUCACCAUCUCUCUGUGUGGAGGACUCAACGACAACAGAGAGAUCACUAAAGAGCAGUUCCACGAGAAGAUGAUCUCUUACCAGCAGUUUGCAGAAAACCCCUCCAUCAUUGACGACCCCAACUUAGUUGUGAAAAUUGGCUCCAAGUACUAUAAUUGGAGCACUGCGGCUCCACUUAUGCUGGCUAUGCAAGCCUUCCAGAAACCGCUGCCAAAGGCUGCAGUGGAGAACAUCAUGAAGGAGAAGAUGCCCAAGAAAGGAGGGAGGUGGUGGUUCUCCUGGAGAGGCAGAAACAGCAGCACCAAAUCGGAUUCAGUGUCUGGUGGAUGCGGCUCCGCUGAGCAGGCUGGGAAAAUGACCGGCAGACAUAAAGAAGAGUCCUCCUCUAGUGAUGAAGACCACAGGGCAGCCAAACAGAGCUCAGUCCCCAGCCAAUCAGAGUCCGUACUUACACAAGGGGGCGUGUCUUAUAAGAAAACACUCCGCCUCACAUCAGAGCAGCUGCUAUCUCUCCAGCUGCAGGAGGGUCCUAACGAUGUUGUGUUCAGUGUGACCACUCAGUACCAGGGAACCUGUCGCUGUCAGGGCACCAUCUACCUCUGGAACUGGGACGACAAGAUAAUCAUCUCAGACAUAGAUGGAACCAUCACCAGGUCUGACACGUUGGGUCAUAUCCUGCCCACAUUGGGAAAAGACUGGACCCACCAGGGCAUCGCACAACUCUACCACAAAGUCAGCCAAAAUGGCUACAAGUUCCUUUACUGCUCAGCUCGAGCCAUCGGCAUGGCUGACAUGACCCGAGGUUACCUCCACUGGGUCAACGAGAGAGGCACCAUGCUCCCUAUAGGCCCCGUCCUGCUCAGCCCAAGCAGCCUCUUUUCAGCUCUGCACAGGGAAGUUAUUGAGAAGAAACCAGAAAAAUUCAAGGUGGAGUGUCUCACAGAUAUCAAGAACCUCUUCUACCCAAACACACAACCGUUCUAUGCAGCGUUUGGCAACAGACCAACGGAUGUUUUUUCCUAUAAAGAAGUUGGAGUGCCACUAAACCGGAUUUUUACAGUAAACCCUAAAGGAGAGUUAGUGCAGGAGCAUGCCAAGACUAACAUCUCAUCUUAUGUCCGUCUGGGUGAGGUGGUGGACCAUGUAUUCCCUCUGAAACUGCGAGCUUCCUCCUCGGACUUCCCCUGCGCGGACACGUUCAGUCACUUCACCUACUGGAGGCAGCAGCUCCCCCGUGUGGAACAUCAUGGAGCUACACCUCCACAGAGUCCCCGCACUGAGAGCUGACUACCUGCAGCCUGCUGAGCAGAAAAAACAGACUAGUGGUGUGUUUGAGAUGUAGCAGUUAUUUGGAUAGUGAUGGUUACAUGUGUGUUUGUUAUGAAUCUGUAGGUUUCGUGUCGACAUUUGAGCACUUUUGAGUGCACAGCAGAGAGCCUUAUAAGAAUCUGCUAUAAAACGCACAUGAUGGAUGUAUAAACGCACUUUUAUCAAAAGAUGGCAUUGGUAGCCUUCUGAAUAGACGUAUGUAUAUUAUAGAAAAAACCUAAUUUAUUCAGGCAGCUUAGCAAAUAUAUUAUUUGUGAGUGAGUGUUGGCAUUGUUUCAGUAGCAAGACUGUCUCUGUUUCUUAUAUAGAGAGUAGCAUCCUUUAUUGAACUGAACACAACCAUACUGUGCAUAUAAGAGAGGAAGUAUAGAAACGUGUGCCAAAUACUCAAAACAGAAUUUAUUUUCUUACUCUGAACUUUUUAAAAACUAGACUGUUAUAGAUCCUCGAACGGUAUGGAAUUGCAGAUAUAAACAUGCAGGCUCAUUUUUACUGAGGAGCAACUUAUGUGUAUGUAAUCUAUUAUAUGUUUUGAAGUCAGUAUUAUGGUACAUUUAAAUGUAUUCCAGAGCACAAUGAACGAAUGAAAAUCUCUGAGUUUGGUAUAAUGAUCAGAGGACAAGAACCCUGGCAGUAAGCGCAUUGUAAAAAGAGUUAAAAAAAAGAUAUAUUUAUUAUCGAAAAAGUAAUGAUGACAAGCAAACAAAAAGCACAUUUUAUUUCAUUUCUCUUAAAAAAUACAUGUGCUGAUUAAUUUCUAUUUUUCUAUUGGAAUCACUCAAAGAGUUAAUCUUGUGCUCAGAUUGUCAUGUCUGUUGUGGCCUUCAGGAUUAUUCUUAUUUUUAACUCAUCUGUUCUGUUACUGGUCAUACAAUACACUUGAUCAUCAGGGUAUUUUGACCUCUACGCUAAGAUGAAUGAAUGUUUACACAAAUGCCACCAAGAACAUUCAUCUAAUAGAUACUGACUGAUGUAGUUAGCUGAAACCUGGGUGUUGACUUACAUCCAGUGGUUCUUUUACACUGACAUUAAUGCAAUUAGUUAAUAACAUCAUUUCAGGCAGAUGCCAAGUCUUAAAAUCCUCAUCAGACCGGAUGUGAUCUUUCCUUCUUAAAUAAACAUAUAACAUGAGGUCAUAAGGUGCAUAAACCACAACAACAGUAUACAUGCAGUAGGUGUGAGUAUAUUUAUCUGUUGUUUAUAAUUCUUUGAACUGUUUUUAUUCUUUCUAUGAAAGAGCUAAAAGAGCAUGAAAGUGAUCAAUAGUUUGUUCAUAUAAUCCCUGUCACUGCUUUUGACCAGUUCACUGUUAAAUUGGUGUAAUCAAACUCAAUAAAAUGCCUUGGUACAUCAGUAAGCGUGUGUCCAUACCUAUCA